AUGAGUAUUUCUGAUUUAAUUAAUAAAUUGCCAAUUGAAGAACAAAUAGAACUUCAACAAUUAUUAGCUGGAGGGGAAAAUUUAACUAAAAGAAUAUUUAAUGAACAAUUGGAUAAUUGGGCAAGUAAACAAUCAGAAUAUUUUUAUUCUUGUUAUCAAGAAAUGGAACAAGGAUUUUACGAAGCAAAAGAAAUACUGGAUGAAAGACAUGAUCAAUUAAUGUGUAAUCAGACUGCGGAAGUUAGGGAUGCCGAUAAAAGAAUUAGGGAAAUUAACAAGUUUUAA